GUCAGUCUCGUGCAUGAUCGUGACUCGGUUAUUGAUUUUGGAAAAUUGACAUUGCUCGAGGAAUUUUUCGCCAUUCUCGUGUGUGUGGUUGUGAAAAAGUGUUUUUCCACUGAAUUCUGGGGCGGAAUCUGUGUGAUCAGCAUGGCGUUGUGAUCCUCUGGAUGCUGCCCAAGUGUUUUUGUGUGGAAAAAGCCAGAGAAAUCCGUGUGUUCAGUCUGAUUGAACAAGUGCAUUCCCCACCUUGCAUCCUACGUUCAUUGUAGCACUUUUCCCGGACUUUUCACCACUACGGAAAGCCAGGUGCUCGGGCAAGGUAUCUCUGGGGAAUCUUAGGAAGCAGUUCCUGGGAUAUUCAGUGACAAAAUCAGUUGGGUUUUUGGAGUGUUUUUAGUGUGGGUGAUUUUUUUUGAGGUUGGAUAAAAAAUGAGUGAUCCUUGGGCGGUUACGCCCCGUGAGAAAAUCCGCUAUCGUGAUCAAUUUGCUGCCCUGAAUCCCGUCAAUGGCAUCAUCACGGGAGCCCAAGCUAAGGUCUUCUUCCUCCAGUCACAGCUACCACCCAUUACGCUGUCGAGGAUCUGGUCAAUGGCAGACACAGAUUCCGAUGGCAUGAUGAACAUCAAUGAGUUCAGCAUUGCCUGCAAGCUCAUUAAUAUGACACUUCGGGGUCAUGAGAUACCAAAAGCACUCCCACCCAUCCUUCUCACCACCCUCCUUUCCGCUGGCGGUACCCCCACAAUGACACCCACUGGAGCUGGUAGUCUCAGUCCUCUGGAUCCCCUCAAGUCCAUCGUGACACCCCAACAGCCAAUCCUACCGCCCCAAAAUGUCCCAUCGGCCGUCGUAGCACCGGCUAUUAUUCCGAAUCUCCCCCAGGCUGCUCCCACGAGCGCCCCUCUCAUGUACACCCCACCAGUGGCUCCAGUAGCUCCCCAGCCCAUCCCAGCACCCGUCUCAGUGGCCCCCAUGGCACAGGUUGAUCCCGUGCCAAAGUACAACUCGGUGUCAGAGACUCCAACGCCUCUGGCAACCGGAUCCCCAUUGGCUCACAAUGGCAUCAAGCCCAGGUCCAUGUCAGUCAGCGAUCGGGUGCCCUCCAUUGACUCUCCUCCUGGAACUGGUGAUUGGGCCGUCAGGGACACGGUAAGGCGUAACUUCACGCAGGUUUUCAAUCAACACGAUCGCACUAGAUGUGGAUACUUGACUGGUACCCAAGCCAGGAAUAUCAUGCUCCAGUCAAGACUGCCACAUGAGAUUCUGGCACAGAUUUGGACUCUGUCAGAUAUGGACAGUGACGGGAAGUUGGGAUGUGAGGAAUUUGUCCUGGCAAUGCAUCUCUGUGACAUGGCAUUGCAUGGUCAGGCAAUUCCUAAAGAACUGCCACCUGAAUUGAUUCCACCGAGUUUCCGGAAGGUUUCUCGGCCUGGAUCGACGACAUCUUCCAGACACGGAAGUGUAUCGUCGCAGGGCUUAAUUGGGGAUGCGGAUCCGAUGGCGGGUCUUCCGCAGACAUCAUUUGAGGACAAGCGCAAGGAGAACUACGAGAAAGGACAAGCUGAAUUGGAGAGACGUCGAAAGGCCCUGAUGGAUAUCCAGCGAAAGGAGCAGGAGGAACGGGAACGUAAGGAACGCGAGGAAGCGGAAAAGAGGGAGAAACUGAGGAUUGAAGCAGAACUGAGGCGUCAGCAGGAACUGGAGAGACAGCUGCAGCGGCAGAAGGAGAUUGAGAUGGAAAUGGAGGAGAAUCGCAAAAGGCAGCAGGAACAAAAGGAAGCAGCCAGAAAGGAAAUGGAGAGACAGCGUCAGUUGGAGUGGGAAAAGCAAAAGAUUCAGGAGAUGGAGCAACAGAGACAGCGUGAGCAGGACAAUUUACUGCGACUGAAGGGACAGAAUCAAAAUUCCAGCAUUGAACUCAGUACUCUCAAUGAGAAGAUCAAGGAACUCUCUCAGAAGAUCUGCGAGACACGAAGCAGUGUGACCAAUGUGAAGGCCGUCAUUGAUCGAAUGCGAACUACUCGUGAUACAUCAAAUACUGAAAUGACGAAUUUGAAGAAUAAGAUAAAGGAGCAGAAUGCAAAGUUGGUGCAGCUGAGUCAGGAGAAGGCGAAACUCGAUGCAAAGAACAAGGCCAAUCCCGCCGAUCAAGAGCAAAUGUUCAACAAUAAGCAAAUCCAAUUGCAGCAACUGCGCGACAAAGUGCAGGAUACUGCUGAGAAGAUAGCUGGAAAGAGGAGUGAUAUUGACUCGAAUAAGGAGCAAUUGAGUGAGAUAAAGCAACAGCUGACGGAACUCAUUGACAACUGUGAGACUCUCUACGGGGAGUACGAUGUUCAGAGGAGUCAGGUGAUUGAACUGAAGAAUAACCGACGCAAUGAGGCAGCAAAUGCAUCCUGGGGCGAUGAGGAUACUUCAUGGGGAGCUGCUCCCGCCACCAUCGACAGCACAAAUGCCAAGAGCGGCGUUGUGCCUUCAAUUCCCGGAUAUGCCCAAUAUCGCGCCCUUUAUGCCUUUGUGGGCAGAAAUGCUGAUGAGAUAUCCUUCGAACCAGGAGAUAUCAUCAUGGUGCCAUUUGACCAAAAAGCUGAACCGGGAUGGCUUGCUGGUGAGAUUAAUGGUAAAACGGGCUGGUUCCCUGAGUCGUAUGUGGAGAAACUUGAAGAAGCUGUUGAGGAAGUGGCAGCUGUUGCUGAAGUAGCCCCAACGGACUCAUAUGCUGCCAGAACUCAGUCCAUUGAGGCAACAACCUACAUCGAUACGAACAACAGCGCAGGCACAGCUGAUUCCUCAGACUACUACAUUGCCACUUAUCCGUACGACUCAGCGGAGCCAGAUGAUCUCACUUUCAAUGCUGGCGACGUGAUCCUGGUCACGAAGAAGGAAGGAGAAUGGUGGACGGGAAAUCUCAGAGGGAGAACGGGCAUCUUUCCCUGCAAUUAUGUGGAACCGGCGCCGCCUGGAGAUGCUGGAGUAGCCAGCAAAAACGGCGAUUUCCACAGCGACGUGAAUAAUUCCGUGGUUACGGCGAGGCAGGAAAAUGCAGAGAGUGAAGCUAAAUUACAAGCAGAUGUUGAUUCGGAAGUUUCACAGAUCAAUACAAGACCCAAAAGUGAAUCUGUUGACUAUUCUAUUCCUCAAUCAGCUUCAGCAACUCCUAGUUUCCGUAGCAAGAAGCACGAAAUAGCCCAAGUGAUCGCACCAUACGAGUCUACGACUCCUGAACAGUUGUCCCUGCAGCGUGGGCAACUGAUAAUGAUCCGGAAGAAGACUGACACGGGAUGGUGGGAGGGUGAAUUGCAGGCUAAAGGACGUCGUCGACAAAUUGGUUGGUUCCCAGCCACCUAUGUCAAGAUCCUUCAGGGUGGACGCAACAGUGGACGCAAUACGCCAGUUUCUGCCAGUAAAAUCGAACUGACAGAGACAAUUCUGGAUAAAGUUAUAGCUUUAUAUCCGUACAAGGCGCAAAAUGACGACGAGCUGUCAUUUGAGAAGGAUGACAUUAUCAGUGUUGUGGGCAGAGAUGAGCCUGAAUGGUGGCGCGGAGAAUUGAAUGGGAUUCAAGGACUCUUUCCCAGUAACUACGUCGGACCAUUUGUUACGUCAGGAAAUGUAUAAAUUGCGCUUAAAAAUCUUAUAUCAACGGGAGAAGAUGGUAAGAGGAUGCUGAUGACCCACAAAUAAUAACAAUAUAUUUACAGACAAAUAGUAAUAUUAUACAUAAAAAAAAUUAGUGAGACAAAAAAUUGCAAGAAUUGACAUUGUAAACAUUAUUAAAUUCCUGUUGAAUUUAGUUUAGUGAACACACAAUAAUAUCGAAGUAUUAUCUGAGAUUUAGGAGAAAAAGAGGGAGAUCACUCUUGUGGACAAUUAUGUUAUAAUGUUGAUUUUUUUUUAUUAUUUUGGGUGCGUUAGGAAAUAUUUAAUAGCUGAAUUUAUCAAAAAAAAAUUAAGAAAACGGCCCACAAAUUGUAUAUUAAAUGACUAUCGAGUCUCCAAGUUAAAUUAACUUAUGUUUGUUGACUAUUAUUUAGUUUGAGGGAUUAAUGAGAUGCUGGGAAAAGAUUGAUUAUGCAAGAAAAUAUUCUCAUAAAUAAUGUGCGAGAAAUUCUUACAAAAAAAAAUUAAAUGUUUAAUCAUAAUGGAAUAUUACACAAAAAAAACAAUUGUAAAAUGAUCGAACAUUUCUUUCCUUUCGCUUUUGUGUAAAAUUGUACUUUAAAAACAAAAGAGAAUAAUUGAAAAUAAUGUUUGGCUGUUGAUGAAAAAAAAAGAAACUGCUGCUAAUAUUUAAUUGACACGACAUCCAACUACUUAAGGCAGAUGGAUGAAAAGAGACAAAGAAUUAUUUAAAUGACAAAGAAAUUAGUCACUGUAAUAAGUUUUUUUUGCGCAGGAAACACUUCUUUUUAGGGAUUCCCCCUGUGUUUAUCAUUCCUGUUCCAUGUUAUUAUAUUCUUAAAUAAGAUGCUACAUUCUUUGAGUAUUCAGUCAAUGCGAACACAAUAAAAGUAUACAAACGAUA